GGGGGCGGAGACUUGAGCCUGGGGUCAGCGGAGACACCUGGGGUCUGAAGCCGCUCGCGCCCAGAGUGCCCCAUUAUGCAGAUGAAGAAAUUGAGGCCCCAAGAGGUUUGAGAGUUGCUUGAGUCACAGAGCCCAAUUUGACAGGAUCUCACGCCUGGGCAGGUGCUCCCCGUACUCAAUCCUGCCCUGCAGGGUGACCCUGUUUGCAGCACGAUGUCUGAAGACGAGGCGGCUCAGAUCCCCAGACCCAGUGUGUGGGAGCAGGACCAGCAGAACGUGGUGCAGCGUGUGGUGGCUCUGCCCCUGGUCAGGGCCACGUGCACCGCAGUCUGCGAUGCUUACAGCGCGGCCAAGGACAGGCACCCGCUGCUGGGCUCCGCCUGCCGCCUGGCUGAGAACUGCGUGUGCGGCCUGACCACCCGUGCCCUGGACCACGCCCAGCCGCUGCUCGAGCACCUGCAGCCCCAGCUGGCCACCAUGAACAGUCUCGCCUGCAGAGGCCUGGACAAGCUGGAGGAGAAGCUUCCCUUUCUCCAGCAACCUUCGGAGACGGUGGUGACCUCGGCCAAGGACGCGGUGGCCAGCAGUGUCACGGGUGUGGUGGACCUGGCCCGGCGGGGCCGGCGCUGGAGCGUGGAGCUGAAGCGCUCCAUGAGCCAUGCCAUGGAUGUUGUGCUAGAAAAAUCAGAGGAGCUCGUGGAUCACUUCCUGCCCAUGACAGAGGAAGAGCUCGCGGCACUGGCGGCUGAGGCUGAAGGCCCUGAAGUGGGUUCGGUGGAGGAUCAGAGGAAACAGCAGGGCUACUUUGUGCGCCUCGGAUCCCUGUCAGCGCGGAUCCGCCACCUGGCCUACGAGCACUCUCUGGGGAAACUGAGGCAGAGCAAACACCGUGCCCAGGACACCCUGGCCCAGCUGCAGGAGACGCUGGAGCUGAUAGACCACAUGCAGUGUGGGGUGACCCCCACCAUCCCGGCCCGCCCUGGGAAGGUGCACGAGCUGUGGGGGGAAUGGGGCCAGCACCCUCUGGAGAGCUGCCGCCGGAGCCAGGCAGAACUGGAGACACUGGUGCUGUCCCGCAGCCUGACCCAAGAGCUGCAGGGCACGGUAGAGGCGCUGGAGUCCAGUGUGCGGGGCCUGCCCCCCGGCGCCCAGGAGAAGGUGGCUGAGGUGCGGCGCAGCGUGGACGCCCUGCAGACCGCCUUCGCUGAUGCCCGCUGCUUCGGGGACGUGCCAGCGGCCGCGCUGGCCGAGGGCCGGGGUCGUGUGGCCCGCGCGCACGCCUGUGUGGACGAGCUGCUGGAGCUGGUGGUGCAGGCCGUGCCGCUGCCCUGGCUGGUGGGACCCUUCGCGCCCAUCCUUGUGGAGCGACCCGAGCCCCUGCCCGACCUGGCAGACCUGGUGGACGAGGUCAUCGGGGGCCCUGACCCUCGCUGGGCGCACCUGGACUGGCCGGCCCAGCAGAGAGCCUGGGAGGCCCAGCACAGGGAUGGGAAUAGGGACGGGGACGGGAUGGGUGUUGCCGGGGACAUCUGCGAGCAGGAACCCGAGACCCCCAGCUGCCCGGUCAAGCACACCCUGAUGCCCGAGCUGGACUUCUGACCCAGGGCCAGUGGAGGCGGUGGGGAAUGGCCACCUGUACCCCCCGAUCCCUGCUGCCCCCUGGUGGCCACACGUAAGCACGAGGCCUUGGCCUUGACCCUUCUUUGGAAUCAGGCCCAACUCAGGAUCCCUGACCACCUUUUUGGUAUUGGACUCUCGCAUUUUUUCCUUGAACACACGGACAAAGAGGCCCGGGGGAUCAGGGCCUCGAACCCAAUUCAGGCCAACUUGAGCCACAAGCUGGGUUCUUCACCUAUGUCCUGCUCCCCGGCUCCAUGAAGCUAAUCCAAAUCUUUCCAAGAGGCUGGACACAGUGGCUCACGCCUGUAAUCCCAGCACUUUGGGAGGCUGAGGCUGAGGCAGGUGGAUCAUCUGAGGUCAGGAGUUCGGGAUCAUCCUGGCCAACAUGAUGAAACCCUGUCUCUACUUUAAAAAAAAAAAAAAAAAAAAAAAAAGACAGGUGUGGUGGUGUGCACCUGUAGUCCCAGCUAGUUGUGAGGCUGACGCAGAAGAAUUGCUUAAACCCAAGAGGCAUGGAGGUUGCAGUGAGCAGAGAUCGCACCACUGAACACCAGCCUGGGUGACAGAGCGAGACUCCAUCUAACAAAAAAUACUAACAGCCUCCCCAAGAAAUAUACAUUUUGCCCAAUGCCUUCUGUUUGGGGCUUUGAAAAGUGAGCCCUGACUGGGUGUGGUGGCUGACACCUGUAAUCACAGCACUUUGGGAGGCCAAGGUGAGAGGACUGCUUGAGCCCAGGAGUUGGAGGCUGCAGUGAGCCAUGAUCUUGCCCCUGCACUCUCACCUAGGUGACAGAGCAAGACUCUAUCUCAAAAAUGUUUUUAAAAAAUACUUUCCAGGGAAACACACAUUUUGCCCGAUUUGGAACUUUGAAAAGUGAGCCCUCCUCUGCCUAUGGGCUGUGCUGCUCAGCCUGCCAUACCCACUUGCUUUGCUGUUUGGGAUUUGCCCCCAGAAUAAAGGUCCUUUUUGUUGUUGAAAGGCCCAUGUGUGUGUUCCAGCCAGGGUGGGUCUCAGUCCCAGGGGGCUGGGGGCCACG